AUGACAUGCGACACUGAGGAAGAUAAUGACCCGUACAAAAUCAAUAUCAAAUUAGAUGAUGAUGAUAAUGAUGAUGAAAUCAGUCUUAAAGCGUACUUCGAGAAAGGCCUUAGCGCACUCUUAGCCGACGAUCACUUUUUGCUCCUCUAUGUGCCUGAAAAUGGAGGCCGAAUGCAAGUGAUACGACCUGCCAGUGAUUUAUACCAUCGACGACGCAUGAUCAAAAAGAUUAAUGAGGGGAAAUGGGUUCCAUCUUUUUACUACGCGUUAUCACAUCUAUGGGGACUUACAAAAGACAACCAGCACCACUGGAAUGAGAUUGGCGACUACGUGGAUGACGAAAAUGGAAAACCAAUGGAUCCUAUUUCGAUGCGGCCUGAAAAACGAGAUGCUUUACUAGCACUGCUCAAGGACCAUGCUGAUAGCUAUUGGUGGAUUGAUGUCUUGUGUGCACGCACCGAUACACCCUUAGACAUCAUGGGCGAUAUUUAUGCAUGUUGCCUUGAAUGUAUUGCCAUGAUCGAUUGUGAACCUUCUCUAAUAUCAAGAAUUUACACAAUCUCACCACUGGCGAGAAAGGAAGCUGAGAAAUUAAAACGUAGAGGAGGAGGAUCUCUAACAUACCAGGAGCAGUUACACCAAACCAAAGGUUCCCUGUUUAUUCACCUCUUGUACACAUUUUUCCAGAGUCAAUGGUGGCAACGUGUAUGGACCUGGCAGGAGAUGGCUCUACCUUUUGGAGGUGUGCGCUUUAUGGCUGAAAUAGACGUUCAUCGACUCCAAACCUACACAAUCACCAUGGAUGAUGUAUAUGGAUUUCUAUAUAUGACUUCGAUUUUCUGGUUCAAUUUAAAUCAAAUGAACAUUCAUGCAGUUUAUACCUAUCUGCAAGACGUAGUCCAAGCUAAACUAUCCAAUGUGUCUCGUAUCGGGCGAAAAAAUGCCAAUUUUGUUGGAGACAUAAUGGAUUCAUUGAAGGAAUCCAAUCGACGAUGUUAUGAUCCAUGUGAUUAUGUUUAUGGAGUGCUGGGAAUGAUGCAGAUCAAAAUCCCAAGGAUGGAGGAUCCAAAUGCGGUUUGGCGCCAUUUCUUGUCAGAGCUGGAUGAUUUAUAUCCGCUUAGCCGUGGAAGAAGAUGGAUUGAUCAUGCAGAUGAAAUCGAUUUACGACAAGUUGAAAGUAUCAGUGAAGUAUACGCGAAGUUGCGUGGCAUUGACGCUGGGUAUUGA